AUGGCUUGGAGAUCUCACGGAAAAUCCAAUCUGGAAUUAGUCAGAAAUUUAAGAGCAAAUGGUAUUAUAAAAACUGAUGUCGUUGAAAAUGCGAUGCUAGCAGUUGACAGAGGAAACUACUCAAAAACAAGUCCAUAUAUGGAUGCCCCACAAGGUAUAGGAUAUGGAGUUACAAUAAGUGCCCCACAUAUGCAUGCUCAUGCUUUAGAACUAUUAAAGGAUAAUUUAGUAAAUGGUACAAGAGCUUUGGAUGUUGGUUCAGGCAGUGGGUACCUUACUGCUUGUAUGGCAAUUAUGAUGGGGGAGAAAGGAGUUGCUGUUGGCAUAGACCAUUUAACUGAAUUGGUGGACAUGUCAAGGAGCAAUAUCCAAGCAGCAAAUACAGAUUUGUUGGAAUCCAACAGAGUGCAGUUGUUUGUGGGAGAUGGAAGACAGGGAUAUGCUGAGCUAGGACCUUAUGAUGCUAUCCAUGUAGGAGCUGCGGCACCUACGCUACCACAACAGUUAGUUGAUCAAUUAAAGGUUGGUGGCCGGCUCAUAGUACCUGUAGGUCCAGCCGGUGGCGAUCAACAACUAGAACAAAUAGAUAAAUUAACUGAUGGAAGUAUUCAAAGAAAAAUACUCAUGGGAGUCGUCUAUGUACCUUUGACCGACAAAGAACGUCAAUGGCCUCGACAUCGUUGA